AUGGCAUCGCAACAUCCCUCGAGCAGGGCGACGUCGCUCAGUGUCGACCGCUUCGCCAGCGCCAGCGAUCGUCGUCAUUCCUCCUCGUCAUCCUCCCGCCAUCAGCGUCCACAAAUCAACGACCGCCCUAUCACACUGUGGACGCAUGACCCGCCCAAUUUCUCCCGAAACGAAGUUGUGCUCAAUCCAGAGUACUCGCUGCCCCGCGUCACAGAAUCUGACCUCCUUCAGCUCACUCUUCCUGCGGGCUCGAGACUGCCACACAACAACAUCCCCUUCGGUCCAAAAGAUCGACGGCGCAAGUUCUCCACCAAAGCCACCUUCGUCUUUCGUGCUGCACAGGCGACGGCCGAUGCUGACUUCGUUGCCCGCCAGCCGCAGCUGCAGAUCAGCGUAUCCAAGAACAUCGCCAACAACUAUGGCUUCUACAAUCGUGCGGAAGCUGUUCUCUCGAGAGUGUCCAAGGACGACUACACCAUCGACCACGUCGAGCUCUACUUCCGAGAUCAGUAUGUCGGUCGUGCGGAAAUGUGGAGAGUCUUCCAGAAUCUCGAGGAUACAUGCGUCUACUGUGGACAAAAGGUCACCCUGGCCGGCAGCGUUCGGGCUACCAUCGGUCGCAUCUUUAUCAAGGAGAAGAAGGUCACCAGCGGCUAUGUGUCCGCAUCAACCAAAGCCAUCUUCCGAUCCGAAUCAGCAAAGUACAACCUCUUCAUUCAAUUGGCACGGGAGAUGUGGGAGUUCGACGAAGAUGGAGAGAUCUACUACGAAAAGGCACUCCAGGGCUUCAUUCCGGAGCUGCUCAGGCGAUGGAGAGCAGUACCAACCAACCACAUUCUCACUGUCAUUUUGUUUGCACGAGUGCACUACGACGAGACAGAACUGCAUAUGCUCGAGGGUCCAAUACGUCAGGAUCAGCGAGGUAGGUAUUACAUCGACCAUUACAAGGUCGUGGUCGAUCUUGAGUCCAACUGCAACUGGGAUGCGGUCAUGACGACGCUCAAGGAAGAGUUUUUCCGAUUCCAGCACGACAUAUUGCUCCUGCGUCGGCCCAUCUCAGGCCCAGCCGCAUCUCACGAGGAGCUCCACGCCGAGCUCAUCCGCGAUCGCGUUCACAUGGCAGGACGUCUCUCCUACUCGUACGAGGGCAAUCUGCUGGAAGCCAUCAAUCUUGCCUUGAAUCCGUUCGACGAGCACUACAUCGACCGGGAUCUCAACCGCACAGGUCUGUCCAUGGUCUUUGUCACGGCAGGUACGGGUCACUUUGACGUCGACAAGAAGCUCCUGCGUGUCACAACCGAGCGCAUGAUCGAGAACGGUACCGGCUUGGACUUGGUAUGCCUCACCAAGAUGCCGCUUCAUUCGGUGCCCCUGUUCCACUUCAAAUCUCAUUGGCCGGAUCCAAGCGAGCUCAAGCAGAACGCCGGUAACAGCCGUACUCAACGUCGACCUGCUCCUGGUGCAGGGCCAGGGAUGACUGUGCACCGACCCGGUCAGCCUCCUCUGCUAUCACGUCACUCCUCGUCACGCCUGACUGCAGCGACCUUGGCUGCAGCGAACCCUCCAGACCCGCUGUACUUCGAUUCCAAGAAGCCAGUGGAGGACGAGGAAGACUUCUACUCUAUGCCGCACUGGAUUGACUGCUCGUUCUACAAUCUGCAGCAGGACAAGCCUUUCCGUGCCGACCGUUUCGUACCUCGUUGCAAGAUGUACGAAGUGCAAAUGAUGGGCAUUAUGGAGAACCAAAUCUCGGACAUCGCCAUCCCUUACCUCGACCUCAAGCAAGCGAAUAAGUCUUCGUCGGUUCAGUCUUCAUUCUACUUGCCACGGUAUAUCGGUCCCGUUAGCUCAGGGUUCCAGUCGGAACCACGAAACAGCGAGCUCUCGGAUCUGGCGCUAGGCGGACUCUCGCCGAAGCAGCAGAGGCGAAUCGCACGAGAGCGCUUCGAUGGUGACGUCUUCAAAGACGUUCCGCCCGCGAUCAAGCCACGUUCUGCGAAGCUACUCGCGUCCGGCGCAAGUGUGAAUGUUGACAGUCCUGCCGGUAGCGAGAUUCACAGGCCCGGUCUGCGCCGCAAUCCAAGCUCGGGAUACGGAGGCGCACCAACGACGAACGCCAACUCCGCUGCAUCCUCGAUCUCGCCUGGUAAAGCAGUCACUAGCAGGCCAACACCCGGUCUGCCCACGCGGACGUCCAAGCUGGGUCGUGAAGCCUUGUUCCGUGACGAAGAGUCGGAACGAGAUGGUUCGGCAACAACAUCACCGGACAAGGGCCGCUUCACGGUGCUCGAAGAAUCGCAUACAAGACCUCCGCUGGCGAGACCCGUCUCGCAGAUUGUUACUUCGUUCAGCAGACCACAAUCGCGGCCUGGAUCCAUUCGAUCGGUCAACACCUUCUCGCGAGGUUUCUUGCCGCUGGAACCGAUCGGCAAGGCCAAAGCUCUGGUCGCCUCGACUGAUGCGGUCUUGUCCGCGACUUCGCACGUGUUUGACGAAGAGGAGGAUGCAGACGGCGGGACAAGCAAGCGAAGCGAAGCCGAUGACAGUGUCAGCUCGCUCAAAUCUCCUGUGCAGUAUAAGCCGAAAGGCUACAGCUGGCUGUGGAAGACGUUGACCGGCUCGACGCCGUCACAAGCCACGAGCUCCGAACAUGUUGCGGUCAGCAGCCAUGAAGACGGAGGCAAGGACUUCUCGACGCCUGCCACACGUAGUAUGCAAGAGGUGCUGAGCGCUCAACUGCGUCAGCAGGCCGGCGGAUCGAGCAAAGGCAGAAGCCCGGCACGGAGGCCGCCUCUGUCCAGCGCCAUGGGUCGCUCAACAUCGCUGCUUUCUGUCCACGAGGCGUCCAGUCCCGCUCCCAUCAAAAUCCCUGCGCAACAGACACCACGGACACGACAGGAGCAGGAAGCGGAGGAAAAGAUCCUCCGCGAUCAGGACGCGUACGAGCAGCAGCUGGAAGAAGAGGAAGCUCGCCAGCGCUACGCACAACGAGCGCAGGUCGAAAAGCAGACCCUGGUCAAUCCGUCCAAUCCGAGCAAGAAUCUCAAGAACAAAACAUCGCAGCUGCUUCGAUGGCAGCACCUGUUCCCGAGACGACUGAACCACCACGCUGUCAAGUGGCGGUCGAUGACUACGCCAGCAUGUCUGCCAUUGACCACGCUGUAUCUGCCGACGGAGAGCGAUCUGGCGGCCAUGUGGAGCGAGCAUCCUCACACGACGUCGAUCUCGGCAGAAACCGCCUCAUUCCUGCUUAAGAAGUCGAGCUCCACGCACCCGGCCCUCGCAGUCCUUCGCGAGAUGGCCUAUCACCGUCUGGCUCAGGGUUAUCAAUUCAUCGUCCCAGCAAGCAAGCAGACGCGCGCUGUGUCGAGUCGCAAGCUCAUUGAUCCGAAGCACUUCACGCUGCGAUGGCCGUCCGAACUCCUCCAGCCUGGCAAUCUAGCGACGGGCAACCCGAUCUUCCUCAGCGUCACGAAUCAGAUUCACCGCAUCUCCUACGACAGGUCCACGUCAGCGAUCAAUGUCAAGAGAUACGUUCGCAACACGGACUACUCGACUGAUCCGGUUGAUUAUCAGUGCUGUAUCUGGCCACGACACUUGCCCGGCUAUCAGACGGUCACGGCGCGGUUCAAUUAUCCGGAUUCGUCUACCUACAAUUGGACCUACCUGGACUCGCUGAUCGCCGGAUACGUCGACGAGAAAUUUGUCGAGUCCCUGCGGUAUUGGCGAACGCGAUUCGUCUUGGUGCCCUCUGAGGGCUCGCCGCCGCCGAUGAAAGCGCCGACGGGUGAAGAUUUGGACGACGAAGAGAUUCGCCUCAUUGGAACGGACAAGCUGGCGGACCUCUUCCACCGUGCUCGCUUUGUGCGCAGCAAAGAGGAGCGUGAUCAGAUCCACGUUCAGCGAUUCUUGCCCACCUCGCUCGAUCCUGCCAUGUCACUGCAGGACGAAGACUUCAUGAAGCAGCUCGCUGAAGAGAAUGCUAAGCAGCGUGCGCAGUCGGCGUCCAAGAAGCGCCUGCACAAAACACUCGCUGGUCGUGCGAUCGACGCGGUGGCAAAGGAUAUGCGAUCCGGCGGGCUCGUCAUCAAUGACAGGAUCUGGCACAGGAUGCUGUACUCGGACACGUUCACGGGAGCCGAUAUGGUCUCAUGGAUGUGCAGCGAGUAUGCAGAUGUGCGGGCAAGGGAGGACGCCGUGGAAUGGGGCAUCAAAUUGAUGGAAGAGGGAUUGUUUGAGCACGUGCACAAGGUACACGGCUUCUUGGACGGACACUACUUCUACAGGCUCAAGAAAAAUCCGAUCAGGCCCUUGGUCCAUUCGAGCAGCACCCAGUCCGGGCUGAACUCGGGCGAGGGCAAGAGGCUUCCUUCGAGCGAGGUGACCAGCAGCAGCGGUGGAGAGAGGGGCUCAAACGCAGGCGCAGCCACAUCUUCGAGGGCUUCUGCAGGCGGACAUUCGCGCAGCUCAUCUGUGCACCAUCCUCAUCCGCCCUCUUUGACGAUGUCUUCCGGCGCAGCGGGCGGCAAUUCCUCCAAGAGGAAGAAGAAAGUGCAGCUGUCGCGAAGCAUCGUCAUCGAUGUUGAUUCCGGUCGUCGCUCGGAUCGCGCCGAAGUAGCGUUCCUCCACCACGACAUCGCACACAAUCCCGCCAAUGGCUUCAACUUCCAGAUCCACUGGCUCUCCACGUCGGCACGCUUCAUCGAAGACACGGUGCAAAUGUGGACCCGCACACUCGAGCGCUACGGUCUGCGCCUCAUCGAGGCCCCCAUCGGCCAGAUCAAGGACGUCUCGCUGCACAACCCGUUCCAAGCGCCCAUGCAGAUCGAGAUGGCCCUUCCCCCACCCAGCCCGGAGAUGUACAGUGCGCGCCUACCGCGGGGCACACUGGGCGAGCUGUGGUUCGAAUACGCCCUCCUACGCAAAUUUGGCUUCGUGCUCGACCAAGAGGCCAGCACCCGCUAUCCACGCGAUGUCGAGCUCACCUACAGCAGCCGACCGAACGAGUUCGAGUACAGCCAGUUCGUCCAUCGCUCCGGCGUAGCAUUCGUGCAGGUGCUGGGCGGACUGGAUGGGUUCCUUUGGCUCAACAACCGGCUGUUCAACAGUCAUGCGCAUGGGAGCGGCAGGCAGCACGCUAAGCAGGAGGGACCAGACGCGGACAAGUUGCGGCUGGAACUGACGCGGUUUUGCGCGGACAGGGAAGAGCUGGAGCGGUUCUACAGGUCCACCUUGGCGCAGUUGCUGCAGGUCGAGCGCGAGGGUCUGGUGGACGAGUACGUCCGCGGCGCGUUCCAGGAGGACGAGGGAAGGAGGAAGGGUAAAAGCAGACAAGGGAGCAGUCAUUCCAACGUGAGCGACGGAAGGAGCUUUCAGGGCAUGGCUCACAUUCAGUGA